AUGGCCGACAAGUACAAAAAUCCGCCCCAGGCGCCGCCCACCUUCACGGGCACCAAGGAGAGCAUCCUGGCCGAUGCCAAGGCGCUAUGUGAGAAGACACGAGGCAUGCUAGACCAGGUGGUGGCCGACGUGCCUCUGACGGAUACGAGCAAGGCGACGUUUGUGACGGUGAUGCAGCCGCAGGUGGAGGACGAAAACGAGGCGUCGCUGUCGGCGCACAUUCUCGGCUUCUACAAGUAUGUGUCAGCAGACGGUGAACUGCGUGACGCGAGCACGGAGGCGACGAAGCUCAUGGACGAUUUUGGCAUCGAGGCGGCGAUGCGCGAAGACGCUUUCCGGGUGGUGGAUGCGGUGGUACGCGAGUAUGGCGGGCGUUCAGCAUUGGAGGCGAUCGAGACGGCGGGGACGACGGACAGCAAGACGGGGCUCGAUGCGGAGAGUGCGCGACUGCUGGUCCGGGAGCACAAGGGGUACAUCAAGAACGGGCUGGACCUGAAGGGCCAAGAGCGCGAGCGGUUUAAGGAGAUCCAGAAGCGGCUCAGCCAGAUCCAGAUUGUGUUCCAGAAAAAUUUGAACGAGGAGAGCGGUGGGAUUUGGUUCACGCGCGAGGAGCUGGACGGGGUCCCGGCCGACGUCGUGGACGGGCUCGAGAAGGGGGCAGAGGGCACGGAGCAGGCAGGCAAAGUGAAGCUGUCGUUCAAGUACCCGGACCUGUUCCCGACGCUCAAGUUUGCCAAGCUGCCAGAGACGCGGCGGAAGGUGUUUUUGCUGAACGAAAACAAGUGCAACGAAAACGUGGCGCUGUUCCACGAAGCAUUGGUGCUGCGCGACGAGAAGGCGCGGCUGCUGGGCUACGACAACCACGCAGCGUUGCGGCUAGAGGACAAGAUGGCCAAGACAGUGCCGGCGGUGAACGAGUUUCUGGAAGACCUGCGGCAGCGACUGGCCCCUGGUGGUGCCAAGGAGGCGCAGCACUUGCUGGCCCUGAAGGAGGCGGACACAAAGGAGCUGGGGCUGCCGUUUGACGGCAACUACUACCUCUGGGACCACCGGUACUACGACCGGAUGAUGGUGGAGAAGGAGUACAGCAUUGACGAAAACAAGAUUGCCGAGUACUUCCCGCUGCAGAAGGCGGUGGUAGCGAUGCUCAAGAUCUUUGAGCAGCUGUUCGGCUUCGUCUUUGUCGAGCUGGGCGAAGAGGACCGGGCGCGCAUCAGUCCGACCGGACGGGCCGAGGACAUUGUCUGGCACGAGGACGUGAUCGUGUUCAGCGUGUGGGACGACGUGGCUGGCAGCGACGGCUUUGUCGGCUACCUCUACCUGGACCUGCACCCGCGGCCGGGCAAAUACGGCCACGCAGCCAACUUCAAUCUGCAGCCGGGAUUCGUGCUGGCCGACGGCAAGCGGCGGUACCCGGCUACGGCGCUGGUGUGCAACUUUAGCAAGCCGACGGCGACGAAGCCGUCGCUUCUGAAGCACGACGAGGUCGUCACGCUCUUCCAUGAGCUCGGCCACGGCAUCCAUGAUCUCUCAGGGCGGACGCGCUUUGCCCGCUUCCACGGCACGGCCACGGUGCGCGACUUUGUCGAGGCGCCCAGCCAGAUGCUCGAGAACUGGUGCUGGACGCCAGCGCAGAUCCGUGCCCUCAGCAGCCACUACGAGACCAACGAGAGUAUCCCCGAGGACCUGGUCGCCCGCCUGGUCUCCACCAAGCACGUCAACGACGCGCUCUUCAACUUGCGCCAGCUGCACUUUGGCACCUUUGACAUGGCCGUGCACACGCCCAAGACGCACGCCGAGAUCGAGGCGCUCGACGUCAGCAGCCUCUACAACGAUUUGCGGGCACAGCUGUGUCUGCUCAAGGGUCCAGAGUCUCAGGGAGAAUCUAGCAACUGGGGUAAUGGCCAGGCCUGCUUCGGCCACUUAAUCGGUGGCUACGACGCCGGCUACUACGGCUACCUCUUCUCGCAGGUCUACUCGACCGACAUGUUUGUGUCCGUGUUCAAGGCCGAUCCCAUGGACGGCGUGCAGGGCCGGCGCUACCGCCAUACCGUGCUGGAGCGCGGUGGGUCGCAGGACGAGAUGCGCACGCUCGAGCAGUUUCUGGGCCGCAAGCCCAGCGGCGACGCCUUUUACGAAGAGCUGGGCAUCCCAGUUUGA